AUGAGCUUUUAUGCCUGUUAUAUGCUGACGCCCGUACAGCCACCACAGCGCUUACGAUGUUCGUAUAUAGGUUUCACUGUAUCACCUAUACGUCGUCUACGACAACAUAAUGGUGAACUCGUUCAGGGAGCAAAGCGAACGCGAAAAUAUCGACCAUGGGAGAUGAUUGUUCUCGUGCAUGGAUUUCCAAGCAAAUUUCGAGCACUUCAAUUCGAGUGGAUGUGGCAACAUCCUUUUGGUUAG